AACCAUCUCCUCUUUCUUUUUAUUUCCAACCGUUUCUCUUCGACCUGGCCGUGACGGGGAAACCCUUCUCCGACUCCUUCUACCAACCCCUCCGACUCCCGAGAAGAGAAGAGAGCCAAGAAGAGUAAGAGAGCGAGAGGAGAAGAGAGCAAGGAGGGAUGAUGGCGAGUGCUGUUCCUCAGCCUCCGGCUCCUCCCCCUCCUCCCUCCCAGCGUCCCGCGGCGGCGGUGCCCGUGGCCUCUCAGAUGCCGGUGGCCACGGCGGUGGAAGCCAACGCCGUCCGCCUCGAGGCCGUCGUGAAGCGCCUCGCCUUGUACAUCAAUGGAGCUAUCCGUGUGACCCCGUUCGAGCUCUUCCGCCUCUACUUUGCCCUCGCCAGAGGCAUUGAUUAUGCACUCUCAAGCAAUGAUAUUCCUGGAAUAGCCCAUCGUCUGCCUCCACUAAUAAAACAGGCAUAUCAGCGUAGGAAUGAUUCAUCACUUCAAUCUGCCAUAACAAUGCUAAUGAUUUCUGCCAAGAAUGCUUGUAAGAAAAGAUGGUUUCAGUCUUCGGAUUCUGAAGAACUUCUCAGCAUGGCGAACGAGCUAUGCAGCAGCUUUUGUAUGCCAGAGACUGCCACCACUGAUGUAAUUAACGCUCUAGACACUAUAUCCAUUGUUAUGUCUAGGUAUUAUCCCCAUUUGAAGUUUUCUCGUUCAGUUGUUUCUUUUGAAGCAAAGCAUGGAUACCAUGUUCUAAUGGCUGAUUUCCAAAUCGGAAGGAAUAUUCCUGCAGAUGAGAAGAUUAGGCUAUUUGUUGUUCGAACAGAUAAUUUAGAGACAUCGUCUUGUAUUAUAAACCCACCACAUGUGAGCUUUUUGGUGAAUGGAAGAGGCGUUGAUAGAAGAACAAAUAUAUCAAUGGAUACUGGACCUCAGUUUCCGACCGAUAUUACUAAAAUGCUCAAAUAUGGGACAAAUAUUAUCCAGGCAGUUGGAUUUUUUAAUGGUAACUAUGUCAUAGUGAUAGCCUUUAUGAGCAAGAUAGCUUACCUUGAUGCCCCAGUACUCCAAGAUUAUGUCCAACCUGUGGCUGCAGAACUUGUUUCAGAUUCUGAGAUCAUUGAGGGGCCAUCAAGAAUAUCGCUGAAUUGUCCAAUAAGCUUUAAGCGCAUAAAAACUCCUGUCAAAGGACAUCUCUGCAAACACCAUCAGUGUUUUGAUUAUGACAAUUUCAUGGAAGUGAACUCACGGAAGCCAUCCUGGCGCUGUCCAUGUUGUAACACGCCUGCUAGCUAUAUUGACUUGCGUAUUGAUCAAAAUAUGGUUAAGAUAUUGAAAGAGGCAGGAGAGGGUGUUUCCGAUGUUGUUAUCUUUGCUGAUGAAUCUUGGAAGGCGGUCGUCAAACAUAAUGGAACUACAGAUGAACUGCAUGAUGGGAGACUUGAGGGACAGCAGGAUGGUAGCAUCGAGAGUGAUAUCAACACAGUCACUGUUGUGGACCUGACAAUGGAAGACGAUGACCAAAGUGAAAUGAGUCAAAAUGGUACCUGUGAAUUUGAAGAUAGGAAACCUUUCGAGCAUAUUCAAGGUUUUUCUGGCUCUGAAUUUCAUUCUGAACUGCCAGUUGCCAGUACUUCUGGGACCACUCAAGUAGCUGCGCAUCAUGUGGAUGGUAUUUGGUCCAGGAAUUUGCCAUUAACUACUUACUCAAAUGUGUUGUUAGCCCCCACAAAUGGAUCAAAUGCUCAUGCAUCUGGAACCUUGGAGUCUCUUGUGCCUGAUAUUAUACUGAAUCCUGUUAUUACAGAUGCUGUUUCACCAGCACUUAACCGGGAUGCCACGACCAAUCAUGAACUUUCUCAACCAACAUUAUCAUUUCAUCAUGCAACACAAUUAAGGCAGCUUAUGCAAUUACAACAGUCACAUUUUGGAGGUUCAAUUAUCAACAAUGAAAUUGCAAGGCCCUCAUUGCCUAGACAUAUCAGCAGGAACCCUAUAGCUGUUCAGGCCCUUCCAGUGCAGACACAGACACCCAAUGCAUCUCGCAGGAUGUGGACAAAUAUACUCAGUUCCACAUCUGUCAUCCCCAACAGUCCUGCAUCUGCUACUUAUCAGACAAAUCCUCCACUAACAUCUGCUUCAGAUGGGUUUGGGGCAGUAAGUGGUGACAUGGAAAUUGAGCAACUUUCAAGCACUUCUGAUGCAGUUUCCUCAUCGUUGCAUCUCCAUACAGCGGCACAGUUACUGCAUACACAGAACCGUGAUCGCCAGGACCACCAAUACACUCUGAACCCAGCAAUGCACCAGGUGGUUGGCCUUCGAGCACCAUACGUCAUCAGCACAAGAGCUCCAGGUGACCAACAGAGAGGAGCGGGUGCUUAUAGAGCUACAUUGCAUCCUGUGUCAGAACUCCAAAAUCCCCAUCAGAUACUUAAUCAGAGGACACACCAAAUAACAUGCCAAUCUGGAAAUAUUCCACAGUUUUCUCUCAUCCCUCCAAUGCAGGUUCAACAAGCAUCACAAAAUGCUGUUGGUCAAGCAGCAGGAAGCUCUGGAAGUAUUCGUAAUAUAUUGGCUGCCCAACAUGCAGCACAAGCGGUGAGGCUGCAAGCGGGAACAGCGGCAGUUCAUCCACAAAUACCCAGAACAGCACCAUCUACCCCAGCAACUGCUGACAGGGGUCCUGCACUUUCAUUAUCAAGAUCUGAUGGCUUGCCAGAGCUGCCGUUUGAGCAGAAUUGGCGGCCUACAGGAAGGAUGAGAGGAAGCCUAACAGGUAGUGCGUACUCUGCUGCACUGAGCCAAUACUUGGUUCCUCCACCGCAGUCAUUGCAAGUCCGACCACCUGUUACCACAGUUCCUAUCUCUAUAUCUGAUCACCUAUCAGUGUUCCUUGCUAAUAGCAUCAAUGCCCGUGGACCCUUAACCCAGCAGGCUAACUUGAGGCAAGGGGAGGGCAAUCAACCAGGAGGUUCGAGCACAUAAGAACCAUGAGACCUUUGAAACUUGAUUGUUAAUGAUCGUGCAUGGAACAGUUAACUGUAAUGAGGUAGCAAAUUGUGUACAUAUUGUUUAGUUUUUGUUUGAAAUCGGGUGCUCCAGAGUAUUUUAGGUGAUUAGAUUAGUUGAAUUAUUUAGGAAGGUUGUACAUUAACAUCAGGGUGAAUUCAUGUACACCUGUCACAGGAUGAGCAUCUUACAUGUUAGAGGAGAGGACAUUGCUGUGACCCAUCCAUAUUUGAACUUCAAUUCCCUUGAGAUCAUAUUUUUUUCUUCUUUGGAAAAUGUUUUUUUUCCCUUUA